GGGUACCUUUGGUUGCGUGUAGGCAUCAGCCCGCGAUGAUUUGAGACUGUUGCUUGUCUCCCGAUCAUAAAUAGUUGCUCUGUUCCGGUUGCAAAUGGAUGCCCACGAUCUGUAAUUGCAUCAAUCACCAGGUUGAGGACUCUGUCUCUUUCGAACAGCACCUAUCAAGCUCAACCCAUUGAAAAAAUCCUCCUACUUCGUCCUUGUCACUGAAUCAACAUGCGCGUUGCUACCGUCAUCUUCGGCGCUUUCGCCGCAACUGUUGCUGCUGCCGCCGGCGACGUCCACCUCCAGCUCCACAAGAGAAUCGAACCGACCAAGAUCAUCAAGGUCCUUGAAGCCCGCGGCACCCCCGAGUGUACAAACGCCGUCUACGCCUUCGCCAGCGCCGUCACCGGCAGCGACCCCCUUCCCACCCCGAACUUCGCCCUUCAAGAGUGGGCCGCCACGGCAUCCCUUGCCAACGGCACGGUAGACCCUUGCAGCACCAUCUCCGUCACAGACUCAAUGAGCGCCCAGUACACCUCAUGGUCGAACGCCGUUGAGUCAUGGCAGACCGCCCAUAUGUCGGAGAUGCGCGCCGUGUGGCAUGAGUGCACCGAUAUCCCCAUCAUCGCGGCCGAGGUCAAGAGCCUUCUGGCCUCUGGAGGCUACUGCAGCACCAAGCUGGCAGCGCUCACCAGCGAGGGUGGGGCGGCGGCGACUGGCACCAGCAAGGGCGCCGCACCGAGAGAGACUGGAAUGGCUGUUGCUGCUGCCGCUGCUGCCGGCUUCGUCUAUGCUGCUAUGCAGUAA